AUGUACUGCCGAUAUCUGAGUUUAGUGCCCCUGGCACUAGGCCUCGCGAGUGCCUGGACUUAUCCCGAUUGCGAGCACGACGGUUGUUAUAGAAACCUCAUUGACCCUCGCUUUGCCCAAGAAGCAGACGAGUUCUGUGUGGCCUAUCUCGCCGGCACAACCACUGCACCAUCAGCCAUCCCAACCAACUUCAACAACUGCGAUAACGAUGUCGCAGCCGUCAGCUCUGCAUGCUCUUGCAUCACCUAUACCCUAACUGCAACAUCAACACCACCUACCUCACCACCUACUUCACCACCUACCUCACCACCUACUUCACCACCUACCUCACCACCUACCUCACCACCUACCUCACCACCUACCUCACCACCUACCUCUCCUCCUACCUCUCCUCCUACCUCUCCUCCUACUUCUCCUCCCACCUCUCCACCUACUUCUCCUCCUACCACACCCCCUACCUCACCUCCUACCACCUCCCCAACAACCGCUCCAACUACCAGCCCCAGCAGCUCUCCUUCAGACACCACCACCCCUUCAUCGAGCAGCACGCCCACGAGCCCCAGCUCUAGCCCCUCGUCUAGCGCCGGCUCCAGCAGUCAGUCCAUGACCACCUCAACCGUCUACACAACCACCUCAUACACGGUCACUUCCUGUCCCCCGACUGUGACUGACUGCCCCGGAAAGGGCCAUCUGACCACCGAGACCAUCGCACUCUACACGACUGUCUGCCCUGUCUCGAAUCCUCCUACCGAGACCACCGUCUACACCACGAAGACAUACACUAUUACCUCUUGCCACCCAACCGUCACGAACUGCCCUGUAGGAUCUGUUACCACCACGGUCUAUCCUAUCACCACCAGCGUCGUAGUCGUUGUCCCUCCCCCUGGAGGAAUUACCACUGUUAAGACAGGGCCAGCUGGAACCCUCACCAGCGGGCCUUCGAAGACGACUUCCUCAGAGUUGUUGCAAGUCACCAAUGCCGCAGGACGUCUGUCCAACGCGGCUGAAAUGAUCGCUGCUGCGGCUGGUGUGGUGGCUGUUGCCCUUUUCUAG